AUGUCAGGGAAUGACCUACCUUCAGUGCCCGAUACGAUCAAUCUAUUCAACAAGUAUGGUAUUGGCAAGAUUAGACUCUAUGCUCCACACCCUGAAGCACUCAAUGCCCUAAAAGGAACCGAGAUCAGUGUCACUGUUGGUGACCAAAAGAUGACAUACCAGGCAUGGCAACAACCCAAUCUGCCACAGCGUCAAGGUUUUCAACCAAUAUCCAACCUUUCAUCAAUGAUGUUUCUCUUCUCCUACAUUGUUGUUGGCAAUGAUGACAUAGCAGGGGAAACUUUGACAAUCACAACUACAGUGUCGUCGACCGCGCAGUUGGGUCCUUCUUAUCCACCUUCAAUUGCUGCAUUCACAAGUACUGAUGCAAUGAAGGGAGUUCUGCAGUUUUUAUCACAGCAAGGCUCACCACUUAUGAUCAAUGUAUAUCCAUACUAUGCAUAUGCAGCUGCCGCGAUGUAUAAUCAGAACUUCAUGACACAUGUUGAAGUCUAUAGGGACACCAAAGAUACGAGGUUCUUACAUUGA